CUUUACCUGCAAAAACUCUCAGCAAAAUGCCUGCAUCAGGAAAGGUAAAUAUUUCAUUAGGUUGUUAUUCUUUUAAUUGCGGUCACCCGUUGAUACGGCUAACAGCCACAUUUUAAAAUCCCAAACGGCAGAAUCGUUUAUAAUUUCACCCCGUUAAUACGGCCACUCGUUCGAAAUUUAGAAAAUUAAAAUUCUUGGGCCUAUCUUGUAAUGUUUUUUCCGUAGACUAUAGUACACCUAAAACGCAUUUGUGACGGUUUAAUAGUCAUGUACUGAAGGAAUGUUUCAACUAGUUUUCACAAUUACUGUACUACGCGAUAUGAUGGGCUCCUGGCCAUAUCUAAAACAUUUGACCGGCUGUUUAUUAAAGAGAAUCGUUAUUCAAGAAGUGUGAAGGCGAUGCAAUGUUUCAUUACACUGUUCCGGUAAUACAGCCACCCUAGCCUGUUAAUACGGCCAAUCUGUUUUUUGACCCAUUGGUGACCCUAUUAACUGAACGGUGUCUCACUGUAUCAUAUAGACGGACCUAAACUGUGUUCGAAGAACAUUCAAUCUGAGUCAUUUCCCAUGUUUUUAUCAUUAUUACAUUUAUUUUCAUUCUUUUAUUCUUUUAUUAUAUUUUUCAUUCUGCCUUACCCCCAAAAAAAUUCCUAUUGGUUCUUUGAACAGCUUCUGCAUUUGUUCAAAAGUGUAUACGAACUGUAACGCAGAUUAUUUUAACAAAAGCAACGAUUUAAAGAAUUUGUUAUUUAAUAAAUAAAUGUAUUUUUCAGAAAAUUGUGCAAAGCGAAGGGCCUACACGUCCCAUAAAUGCCGCCCCAAGAAAAGAUGAUGACAAUGAAGGUAAAGACGGUCUUUUCUCUUCUGGAAUAUUUUCAAGUAAACAAAUAAACGCAGUGAGUCCUGAGGCGUAACGCGGAAUGAAACAAAAGAAAAGAAAUGUUACUCCAUUAGUGCGAUUUCCAGUUUUCCUUUUUAAUGCCGUAUAUAUCGAUAGCUCUAAAGCCAAAAUGGAUUCCAUUAAUUUAUAGACGGGACUAUUGUAUAACUAGCCGAUUCUUUGGAAAUUACGAACCUAGAGAAAAUUUGUAGCCACUUGAGUCGAAAAAGGGCCAACACGAUGAUUCUUUUUCUCGUUUCGUUUUCCUGGUUUUGUUUUUUUGUUUUGUUUUGUUUUCAUUUUCUUUUUUCGCUCAAAGAGCGAUAAGGAGAAGAAAAAAAAAGCAAUGGUCACAGUCUUAGAUUCUAUAUUGCUUUGGAGAUAUUAUUUUGGCUGAAGAAGAAACUGUCUGAGGGAAGAGGUCUAUUUAGAGCCGGGUAACGUUUUCAAAAAUUCGGCUAGAUAUAGAAAUGUGAAACUGAUAUAGAAUCAUUUUUCCUCUUUUUUCAUCCUUGUAUCAUUAUUAUUAUUAUUAUUAUUUUAUCUUUACAGGUCAGCUUCUGUGUAGAGAUUUUAAGAUCCAGGUGCUUCCUGCAGCCUUCUAUCUGAAUGAAAAUGUCAAUUUUAAGCAAAAUGCUACAGGAAAAAUGAGCCGAGAGGGUUGUUGUUGCUGAAGAAUGCGGCAUCUAUCACUGUUGCACCCAUGCAGGAUAUAAAGAACUGACUAAUUGCUGUUUUAUACUUCUUUUGAAUUGAAUAUCGCUGUUGCUGUUUUCUCAUAGACAUGUAAGCUGCAAGCUAUUACUUUGAAACCCUAACUGCAUUGAAAGUUAAAAAAAUAUAUUUAUUUAUUUUAUGAGCCACAGUUCAGAUGUGUCUACUUAAAUAAAGGACCCCUAUAUUGUGAUGGAAUUUGUAGAUUUAACUUAGGUAUAAAUUAAAGCUCUUAUUAGAUCACCACAAGCU